GCCGCGCGCCGCGCCGCACCGGGCCGAGGGCCCGCCGGGCCACGGCGCGCCGCGGCGGCCGAGCGACCCCGACACCAUGGGGAGCCACAUGCGGUCGCUGCAGGGCGAGGACCCGCAGCGCAUGCUGGUGGCCCGGCGGUGCCACACCCUGGGCUUCGACUCCGCGGAGAUCCUGACCUCGCACUUCUCUCAGUUCGGGAGGGUCAGCAAGGUGCUGGUCGCGCAUUCGAAGGUGAGGCCGCGGCGUGACUGCGUGCACAGCGCCAGGACUCGUCCCGGGAGCAUCGCGUUCGUCCUCAUGGCAGACGCUGCCGCCAUCGAAGGCAUCUGGCAGAGCGGCGGGGUGCAGAUGGUGGCGGGGCGCUGGAUCAGCAUCGAGCCGUUCUCGGCAUUACAGCCGCCUUCGAGUGGCUCGCCCUCUCCAGGGUCCACGCGGGCCCGCGACCUGGUCGAGUCCGUGUGCAGCUUUGGCUCGCACCUCUCCGCCAGAUCGACGCGCUGCAGCACUGACACGAUCGCCCCCUGCGGUAGUACAGAUCAGGAAGAGCCAGAAGAGCCAGUCAGGCCUAACCUGUAGAUAAACUGACGCAGCACGGGCUGCGAGUCUAGUGCGAGUCCAGUCUGGUCAGCCUAGUCCAGCUGUUCGCCCAGCACGAGCUAGCUAGGUUCAAGCUUGCCGAAACGUACUGCAGUGCCCUUUUGGGCGAGUUCCAGCCGUGCAGCGUUCUGGCUAUCGUACCUCUCUAGCGUUGCUCGCUUGCUCUGGCGAGGUGUAAAGGUGACCUAGGCGAGGUCCAGUUUUGGGCCCCAAGGGUUGCCUGGGAGGUCGUCCAGGCCAUUUGCAAGUUACCAAAGCAAGUUCUAAAUACCGUCGGUCCCUUCUGUCCACGCGCAGCAGUCAGCUGCGCAGUCGUUGUCCUUCCGAGGAGACUCAUGUCUCUUGAUGGGGCAGCGCAGACGUCGGACCCGGUUUCAUUUACAUUUCAGCUUACCCACCUCGUUCCAGCGCUGCUGCGCAGCAGUCAGCUGCGCGGUCGUUGCCCUUCCGAUGAGGCUCAAGUCUCCGGACGGGGCCAGCGCGGACCAUGGACCAGGCUCCAAGUGCGUUACAGCUUUUCCAGCUCGUUCCAGCGCUGUUGAUUCGCUCUAAAUAGCGAGGUACAAACGCAACCCAGACUAAUUCCCCCGAUUUCGGUCCCAAGGGUUGUCUGGGAGGUCAUGCAGGCCACUUGUAAGAAAUCAUUCGACGAAGUUUUCCUUUCUGUCCACAAGCGCAGCAGUCAGCCGCGCGGUCGCUGUCCCUCCAAGGAGGCUCGGGUCUCUGGAUGGGGGCAGCGCGGACUAUGGACGGGUUUGUUGCAUUAUUUCUUUCUCCGAUGUGCUCGUGCAUCGGUGGCCUCAGUUGUACACUAACUUUUUUUUUGCUUCAUCACGCACCCGUGUGAUCUGGUCGACAGUAGCGGUUUUCGCGUCUUGGGCGUGGGCGCAUCUCAUGUGCGCGCGUCUCUCUUCUGUGACUCUGGCUGUCUCUGGCGACCCCACUGACUGUUUUUCUGCCUCUUUGUGCAAUGUUGCUGAAUUGAUACGCGCAUGCUCGACAAGUUUGUGCGAGGCGACAGCUGAUGGCAGAUGCACGCUGGGAGAAAAGUUGUUGACACUUCGCGUGCUGCCACCUGCCCAUCC